AUGCGCAUAAUUCUCAAUAUUUCAGCCGAUGCCCGAUGGGCACAGAAUGGAGUGACUGUUGCUGGAGGUCAUGGACAAGGCAGUGCCACCAAUCAACUCAACGGACCUGAAGGUCUCUUCGUUGAUGAUGAUCAAAGGAUUGUUAUCGCUGACUGCAACAAUCAUCGUAUCAUCCAAUGGAAGAUGGGUGAUACGAAUGGACAAGUAGUAGCUGGUGGCAAUGGCAAAGGAAAUCGAUUGGACCAAUUGAAUAGUCCAAGCGAUGUGUUGAUCGACAAAGAGACGGAUAGUCUCAUUAUUUGUGACCAGACAAAUCGACGAGUCGUACGAUGGUCUCGUCGUAGUGGUACAACUCAAGGAGAAAUCCUCAUCAACAACAUCGAAUGUUGGGGAUUAGCCAUGGAUGAUCAGAGAUAUCUCUACAUCUCUGACUACGUCAAACAUGAAGUAAGACGAUAUCAAAUAGGAGACAAGAAUGGAACUAUUGUGGCUGGUGGUAAUGGCGGAGGUGAUGGUCUCAAUCAACUCAACGAUCCGAUCUACAUCUUUGUCGAUCAACAACAGACUGUCUACGUGUCAGACAACUACAAUAAUCGUGUAAUGAAAUGGAAUAAAGGUGCAAAAGAAGGAAUUGUCGUCGCUGGAGGUCAAGGGCAAGGGAAUGCUCUGACACAGUUGUAUUAUCCGAAAGGACUGUUCGUCGAUACAUUGGGUACCAUCUAUGUGGCAGAUUGCAUUUACGAUAGAGUAAUGCGUUGGUCUAAAGGAGCGAAACAGGGCACUGUCAUUGUAGGUGGAAAUGGUGAAGGAGAAGAAGCAAAUCAGUUCAACUGUCCCCAAGGUUUGUCUUUCGAUCGACAUGGCAAUCUCUGUGUCGUCGAUCGGAGAAAUCAUCGUGUUCAACGCUUUUCAAUCGAAUAG